AUGAAGUCCGAGUGUAAGAAUAAAUCGGCUUCUGGUCCUUCCCCUGAUGACAUUUUAAAGUCUUCUGCAAAGGGCGCGUAUUAUCUCGUCUUGCUACAACUACUCAGUAGACUUUUAACUUUUGCUUUGCAUCAGGUUAUCCUCCGAUAUACAAACCCAAGGACAUUCGGGAUAGCUGCCGUUCAGCUGGAAUUGCUCUUGGCUACUAUCCUAUUCCUUUCUCGCGAGGGCUUUCGGUGUGCGCUACUCAGAGAUGCAACGGUUCGAGAAAGUAAUGACAAAAAGUCAGAGAAAGCAGCACGACAAGAUCGUAUAUACGCCAACACUAGCAAAGGCGUGAUACAGAAAAUUACCAAUCUCUCUUAUGUCUCAAUUCCUUUUGGGGUCGUGUUGAGUGUUCUCGCAUGUGUAUUUUAUCUGUAUUUUGCGACAGAGGAGGCGAUUGAGGCACCGUAUUAUACAACUUCCGUGAUUUUAUAUGGAUUGUCAGCCCUUGGAGAGUUGCUCAUUGAGCCGUUAUAUAUUGCUGCUACUAAUAAUCUCAUGUUCACUGUCCGAGUGCGAUGCGAAGGUGUAGGCGUAGUUGUGAGGUGUAUUAUUACCUUGUUGUUGACGUUAAUGGGCGCUCCUGCAGAUGGAAAGGGGGAAAAUAAAUAUGGCGUCUUGGCGUUUGCUGUUGCUCAAUUUGCUUAUACUUUGGUGUUGGUGUUUGGAUACAUUGAACAUUUUGUAAAUCAUUGGGAUAUGAAGACUUUGAAACCAAGACGGCUUGUGUACACUAUAAACAAUAGAGAAUAUCAAAAAUGGUUUGAUGACCAUCUGCUUAGCUUGGCGACAACCUUUACAAAACAAUCUCUGUUAAAACAUAUUCUAACCGAAGGCGACAAAAUGCUAAUAACAUGGCUAUGUACUGCCGAGGAUCAGGGUGUCUAUGCAUUUGUGGUCAAUUACGGCUGUUUGAUUGUCCGCAUACUUUUUCAACCGCUCGAGGAGACGGGUCGCACUCUCUUUUCCAAACUAUUGGCAGGCGUUGAUAGACCGGAAGAAAACGAGGUCGACAAAUCAAAAGACGCUGCGGUCAGUGAUAUCGGUGAAUCUUCGCGAGAGCAGCUAUUGACAGCAGCAAAGAUCUUGGCAACUACGAUAAAGCUUCAUCUGCUUCUAGGUCUAUUGUUCAUUGCUUUUGGAACAAAUUAUACGGGUGCAUUUAUUGAUCUGCUUGUUGGAGCUCGAUGGUCAAUUGAGUCGCCUGCACCACUGGUGCUGUCUUUUUAUUGCCUAUAUGUUCCAGUCAUGGGUGUGAACGGAAUUACGGAAGCAUUCGUAGCUGCCGUGGCCUCAGAGGAAAUUCUUGGGUCUUUAAACUAUUGGUUGAUGGUAUUUUCUGCAGGAUUUUGUCUCGCUGGCGUAUUAUUCGUGCGUGUACUUUCGCUCGGAGCGAUUGGCCUUGUUGCAGCAAAUAUAUUUAAUUUGUCAAUGCGUAUUCUUUGGAGCUGGGGAUUUAUUCGCAAGUAUUUCUUAAAAAAUCGCAGUGGGAAUGUACUUUCGGAGUUGGAACGUCAGCUGUCACUGAAGAAUCUAAUACCGAGCCCAGCAGUUGUGACGGCUUUUGCUCUUGGGUGGGCGGUCACUUAUUGGUCAGAUCAGGAAAUUGGAUGGAUGUCUUUAAAUGCCAAGAUUUGGCAUUUUGGGCUUGGCUGUGUUUGCGCGCUCAUCGUGCUUGGUGUGACGUAG